CCUCUCUUCAACUGCAGCAAAGACGGAGAAUGGUUGGUCCUGCUUGGCUUCGAGUUCUUCUGGGAGAAAAAUUCUUUGAGCCAUGCAUAGUUCACAAGUCUGUAAAGAAGAAUGAGAAGAACAUCUUUUGCUUGAAUUGCUGCAUCACUAUCUGCACUCAUUGCUUGCCUCUUCACCGCCGUCACCGGCGUUUGCAGAUAAGGAGAUAUGUUUACCAUGAUGUUAUUCGGUUGAGCGAUGCACAAAAAUUCAUCAAUUGUUCCCUCGUUCAACCAUACACUACGAACAGAGCAAAGGUGGUUUUUCUUAAAAACAGACCAAUAUCACGACCCUUUCGAGGCUCUUCUAAUUUCUGCAUCAAAUGCGACCGUAGCCUUCAAGAACAUUUUCUCUUUUGCUCUCUCGCUUGCAAGGUUCAUCACCUGUUGACAACAAAGGAUGGCGGGAAAGAGAGAGCAGAAAGCUUCAAGGAACUUGGAGAUGGAGAAAUCACCCCUGACUCAGUCCUUGACAGGGCUGAUUCAAUGAAAAAAUGGUCGUGCACGUCAACAAGUGUUAACAAUGGUGAUGCCUUGAAUUGCAAGGCGCGUUUUUGUGCGGCUACAACGGAGUUCGUGAGGAAGAGGCGCAGUUGUGCUCCAAUGCCCCCUCUGCUUUCCUGUAGUCAUAAUUCCUCGCCAGUAGCUGAGACCGUUGGCCGGCGAAAGGGUGUGCCUCACAGGUCACCUUUGAAUUGAAUUUGAAGGAUAAUAUUUUUUUUUUUCCUUUUCUUCUUGAUAAGCAAUUUGAAGGAUAAUGAUUAACUAAAUGCAGAGUAACCUUUCCACCUUCCACUCAACAUGAUAAUCCUCAAUAAACCAUUAGAAGACUUGAUUAGUCUUGUACAUACCUAAACCUAAUUGUUAAAUGAUAGAUAGCCUAUUAUUUUCAUCUGUGUUCAAUAAUUGCCGUGAAUUAUUGCUGCUUUCUAUAUUCCUGUCGGGAGACUUCUCACUCGGGUGAUUUCCACUAAGGACAGUGACUGAGCCAGUGCGCCUUGUGCAUGGA